GUAGACAAUCUUGCAGGCAUGCGAAUGGAGGUAUCUGUGUUGUUGAAUAUUUUUUAAUAUUUUUUGUCAGUGUAGCGAACUGAGUAAUUUAUGUUAACUAGAUUCAAUAUUUAUUAUUGAUUAAAGAUAGCAAAGGAAAUAAUGAUUUACGCUGAUGUUGUGAUUAAAUUUAAAUCUCUUCCAAAAGUUAAUAUAUCCCUGAUUAGAAGGUAUUCUACGCCAAGGUUGAAGCGGCAAGCAACAGAAUUGGCUCUAAACCAUUUCGAUCAGUUCUACAGUCCUGUUUUCAAAAAUUGGGCUUCCAUACGAUUAGGUUUGUUGUCUCCUCAUAGUUACUGUGCAGUUACUAAUGUAUUCACUGUAUCUAAAAAUGUCUAUGAUCUGUUUGGUGACUGUGACGUUUAUAACUUGAAAGAUGUUUAUUACUUAAAUUUAAAUGAAUUUCAUUCUUCAUUUUCUUCUGAAAAAAAUGUUAAGGAAUCUUGUCAAAACAGUUCCGCAUCUGACUCUGAACAUGAACCAGUUUCUGAGGAUUCGAAUUCUGAAUUAUGCACUGGAGUGGAGCAUUACAAUGAAGAUGAAUAUAUGCCAGCAACAAAGUUUAAAUACGGUGAUGUCGACUUAGAGGAAGAGUGUUUUGAAUUUUUUAAACCUACUUUGAAUUACAAUGCACAACUUGUACCUCAUGGUAUUAUACAAUAUCCUGAAAACUGGAAUAUAUAUUUUUGUCCACGAGGAAAAUUCAGAAAGUUCCCUCCUCCAAAAGAAGAUUCUACCGGUUUAUUAAAUUAUUACCUGAUGGAUGGAGCUUCAAUACUGCCUGUAUUAGCUCUAGAUAUUCAGAAAGGUGAAGAAGUUGGUGAUUUGUGUGCUUCCCCUGGGGGAAAGACUCUUGCUAUUUUAUUUGGGAUGCAGUUCGGUAAGCUGGUUUGCAAUGAUUCGUCUGUUUCCAGAUUAAAUAAACUUAAAACAGUCUUAAAUUCAUAUUUACCUGCUUCUCAAGAUUGGAGUAAGAGGAUACUAGUCUCUAACUUAGAUGUUUGUGAGUGGACUUCCUUUGAAUUAUUUGAUAAGAUUCUGUUAGAUGUUCCAUGUACUAAUGAUCGAUUAUCAGCUACCAAAGACAGCAACAAUAUUUUUCAACAGAAACGAUUUAAUGAGCGAUUGCUAAUUCCACGAGUUCAGACUUCUAUGCUGUGUGCUGCACUGAAAGCUUUGAAACCUAAUGGCUCACUAGUCUAUUCAACUUGUUCUCUAUCACCUCUGCAGAAUGAUGGUGUUGUUCAUAUGUCUCUGUCAAAAUUGCUAUCUGAAUGUCCCUUUGAAUUUAUUGUUAAUGAUUUGAGUGAUGCUUUUAACCCAGUUAGAAAAAUGUUUCAGUUUAGUGAUACCUGUAAAUAUGGACAAUUGGUGGUACCAUAUUUACCUCUAAAUUAUGGCCCUAUGUAUAUUUCAAAGAUUUCAAGAGUUAAAUAAAUUACUGUUUUAUCUGUG